GGUCACAGUUUUUUCCCUCUCUCUGGUUUUCUUCUCUUCUUUAAAAUCAAUCGAUUUCUGACUUUCUCACUUCGGUCCGCUGCUAGUUGGGUUGAAUUUCAGUUCUUUGGCAUCUGGAUCUGUCGACUCUUCUCUGAUUACAAAGCACUCUUUGAGGCCAAAUAUGGAGGGUACAGAGUCAAAUUCAGAUUCAUGCUGGUGGGACAGUCACAUUGGUGGUGAAAAUUCUAAAUGGCUCGCUGAAAAUCUUGAGUGGGUGGAUCAGAGGAUCAAGCAAAUGUUAAACUUGAUUGAAGAAGAUGGAAGUUCUUCUGCAAUGAAGGCUGAGAUUUAUUACCGAAAGAAGCCAGAGUUAAUUGCACAUGUUGAGGAGUUUUAUCGCAUGCAUCAAGUGCUGGCUGAGCGCUAUGACCAUUUGACUGGAGAAUUAUGCAAGAAUAUUUCAUCCCUGCUACGAAUGCGGCAUUCUGCUGUUUCUGAUUCCUCCUAUCAUCAAGCUUCUCCAUUGUCGACUCCUGAUCAGAAGUUGGGCCUGCACAAAUCUAACCAAGCCAUUGGUUUUGAUUUAUAUCUAAGCUCUAGUGGUGGUAGAUCUGAUAGUUCCUUCAAGGAAGCUUAUGAAUCUUCAUCAUCAUUCUCACCAGACUCAGAAUCAGAACCUUUUUUCUCUUCUAUCAGCAAAAGCUUAGCCCCACUUGUGAAAGGUGAUAGCAAAGGGCUAAACAAAAAAUUACUGGGGAUUGAUGCCAUAACCAUGGAAGAGAAGUUUCAGUUGACGAAGCAAAAGAAUGGAGAUGCUGCAUUGAUGGAAGGAGAAAUUAGGGAUUAUCCUAUGUUGCAUGGAAGAAUCACUGAAUCUGAAGAAGAACAAAGGGUUGCAGACAAAAAGGUUCAGUCUUCAGAAGAAGAGAUUACCAGGUUCAAGGGUGAGCUUGAGAAGAAUCAAUCAGUUAUUGUGCUUAUGGGUGAUUUGCAGGCUGAAAUCCAAAUGAAAGAGGCUGAUCUUGAAAUGGAGAAAAGAAAGGUGUUGGAGCUACAAAAACAGGUAUCUGAGUUGGAAAAUAAGGUUUUGGACUCUAAUGGAAUAAUUAGGACAUUGCAGAAUGAGUUGGAUAUAAAUAAAGAAAAACUUAAGGAUGCCGAGGAGGAGAUUGCGUGCUUGAAUCAUGAUGUCUCAAAUAAAAAUUCUGAGUGUGGUCAUCAACUACAGGGUCAGCUUGAAUCAACUCAGAAAGAUAUAGCCUUGUUGGAGGCCAAGCUCGACUCAGAGAAAAGUAAUGUUUUGCAUCUGCAGGAGAGGAUCCUUAGGUAUGUGGCUAAUUUGUCAGACCGUGAUAACGAGAUUAGUGAAUUGAAAGCGACAUUCUUUGAUGCCCAAAAAAAUUUCUUUUUGGAGAAAGCACAACUCCAAUCUGAUAUUGCUAGUUUAUCAGAACAGCAAGUCCUCCUAGAGGCAGGAAUUGAAGAAUGGAAAUUGCUAAACAAAUCAUUAGAAAAUGAGACCUGGCGGUGUGAAACUGAGAAGAUGGAGAUGAAAGGUUUGCAUGAAGUGCAGGAGAUCAGUUGGCAAUAUGAUAAUGAAAGGUUGGUAGUGGAACUAAGUGAGAAAAAUGAACUAAUUGAAGCUUUGAAUAAAAACAUUGACUUGCUUAAAUUGAAGUAUGAUAUGCUAAUGACAGAGAAAGAUGUGGUCAGUGCUAAGGCAAACACACUCGGUGUGGAGGUGUGUUCUCGAGAAUAUCAAAUUCAACAAAUGGAUGAUCAUCUGUGUCAGCUACACUCAGAACAUGUGGAGCUAAUUGCUGCAUCUGAAAGUUUGCGAAAGCUCACAGAUGAACUGAGAUUGAGAGUGGACGAGCUAGAAAAAGAGGUGGAUAGGCAGAGAGUUGUAAUCUCUGACAGAGAGGAAGGGAAAAGGGAGGCAAUACGGCAGCUAUGUUUCUCUCUGGAUCAUUACAGGAGUGGCUAUCAAGAACUUUGUCAGGCAUACAAGGGGCAUAACCGGCAUGCAGUUUUGGCUUUGUAAGUUACAAUCAGUCAUGGUAUUAGUUUACAAGUUCCUAUCAUGUGCUUAUCUUGUUUGUUGUUACCUUAGCUCUUUAGUUUCUGGGAUCUUAUGGUGUUGCAUUUUUGCUUAUGAUUACAUCUCUGAUUGAUCUACACAUUGCUUUAAGCCCUGGAUUGUUCACAUAUAUCAUGUGUGCUAUGUUCAAAAGAUACAAAAUAUUUAGCAGGAGCUGCAACCUGAAUGGUUGGAUUUAUUACUUUGGC